GGCGGAGCGGUGGCCCGAGUGGAAGCGGAGGCUUCCUCCCGUCACAGAUAAUUAUUUUUCCUACUGUUUUAAAAUGAAGCCAAAAUGCCAGUAAGACCAGAUCUCCAGCAGCUGGAAAAAUGCAUCGAUGAUGCUUUAAGAAAACAUGACUUCAAACCUUUGAAAAUGCUUUUACAAGUUGAUAAUUGUGAAAAUGUGAAGAUUAACUGCAGCAAUCAGUUUUUCUACAAGUUGGAUGACCUUAUAUGCAGGGAACUUAAUAAAAAGGAUAUCCAAAUGGUUUCAACCAUUUUGAUUUGUGUUGAAAAAUGUGUCAAAAAUAUCAGCAUAUUGGGACAAUCUGGACUUCUAACUAUGAUAGAACAAGGACAAGUCGAAAAGAUGGCUGCCUGGUUUGAAAAAUCCAAGGAGAUUAUUCUGAGUCAAGGAAAUUCAAAAGAUGAAGAUCUAAUAAAUAUGAUAGAAGAUUUGUUUGAUCUUUUGGUGGUCAUUUAUGACUUCAGUGAUAAAGGUAAAAGGCAUAUAAUAGAAAGUUUCAUACCUCAAAUUUGUGCCCUGGUUAUUGACGCAAGAGUGAAUAUUUGUAUUCAGCAGGAGAUUCUAAAAAAAAUGAAUGCUAUGCUUGACAAAAUACCUCAGGAUGCCAGAAAAAUAUUCUGUGACCAAGAAAUGUUAAUUCUCAUGAGUCGUAUGGGAGAAAGAAUUUUAGGUGUUGGAGAUUAUGACUUACAGGUGGGCAUUGUAGAAGCUUUAUGUAGAAUGACCACAGAAAAACAAAGGCAGGACUUGGCAUGUCAAUGGUUUUCAUUGGAUUUUGUUGUUACUGCAUUUAAAGAGAUUAAAGACUCUGAAUUUGAAACAGAUUGUAGGACAUUUCUCAACCUUGUAAAUGGCAUGCUUGGAGAUAACAGAAGAGUCUUUACAUUUCCUUGUUUGGCAGCAUUUCUUGAUAAAUAUGAGCUGAAGAUACCAUCAGAUGAAAAACUUGAGGAAUUUUGGAUUGAUUUUAAUAUUGGGAGCCAAACUCUAUCCUUCUACGUUGCUGGAGAUGAUGAUGAUCAUCAAUGGGAGGCAGUUACUGUGCCUGAGGAAAAAGUACAAAUAUACAACAUUGAAGUGAGAGAAUCAAAGAAGCUACUGAAUAUAAUUCUGAAAAAUAUAGUAAAAAUUAGUAAUAGAGAAGGAAGAGAAUUGCUUUUGUAUUUUGAUGCAUCAUUAGAAAUCGGUGAUGUAACUCAAAAAAUUUUUGGUGCAAAUAAAAAUAGGGAAUUUACCAGAAAGCAAGGUAUUUCCAUUGCCAAAACAUCGGUGCAUGUACUUUUUGAUGCAAGUGGAUCACAGAUUUUAGUACCAGAAAGUCAACUCUCAUCAGUUGAAGAAGAAUUUGUUUUUUUAAAAGAAAAGUCUAAUCCUCAAAAGGAAUUUGCUAAACCUACAAAGUAUAUCAAAAACAAUAAUCAAGAGAACAGAAAACGUAGUCUGCUUGGGAUAAUUACUCCUACCAAAAAAAAAAUGUCUGAAGCAUCAAUGAUUGUUCCUGGUGCAGACAGAUAUACUGUGAGGAGUCCGAUACUUUUAAUCAACACAUCACCACAAAGAGGAAGAUCUAAGCCACCACUCCAAAUGAUGAGUUCUGCAGAAAAAUCUGGUAUUUCUAAAACAGAAAAUGAAGUAGAUAAUGCUGUAUCAUCCAAAUCCAGACCAUCUGAAGGAAGAAAUAGAGGAGAUAACAAAGACAAACUUAUCAAAACUAUAACUGUAGAAAGGACAGAAAAUAAGGAUACUGAAUUCCCAGAGCAAAAUUUUAAUGAGCUCCAGGAUGUUGUUCCUGAUUCACAGCCAGUGGGAAAAAGAGAGAAGUCUGUAUUACGUGGUGUUUCAGACAACAUCUAUAGAAAUAAGAUGUUCUCCAAAUUGCCAUGUUGGACACCUGUAACAAAUAUUAAACUCUGUAAUAACCAAAGAGCAAGUACUUCAUCAGGAGACAAAUUUAAUGAAGGUAUCAUUGAUGAAACAUUUCCUAAACAAAAAUCAUCCUCUUCAAUAUCUGAUAAUUCUGAAGAAACAGAAAAAGUGAAAUGUAAGAAAGAUAUUAUGGAACAUAACAAAACAGAUAAAGCAGAAGUGGAAGUUUGCAAAAGAAACAAUCAACAAAAUCAUCCUAAAUAUUCAGAGCAGAAAAGUACUGAAAGUACAAAGCGGGGGGAUUGGCAUAUUGAAUCUGCAACUACUUUUAAAUCAGUUCUCCUAAAUAAGACAGUUGAAGAAUCUUUGAUUUAUAGGAAGAAAUAUACAUUAUCUAAAGAUGUGAAUACUGCUCUUUGUGACAAAAGCCCUUCUACUAGAAAAAAUUUGAAAAGUCAAAGAAAAUCAGGGAAAGAAUUGACUUGUGAUCUAGAUUCCUUGGAUUUGAAACAAAAAAUGAGAGGAAAGUCAAAAGGGAAAGGAUUUACUGAUGCAGCAGAAUCCUUAAUAAGCCAAAUUAAUAAGAAAUAUAAACCUAAAGAUGACAUAAGGUCUACAAGAAAAUUAAAGGAGUCAUUGACUGACAGUGAUUUUCCAAACACAUCCAAUGUACAACACUGUAAGGAAAAGGUUCAGAAAAAAAGUUACAGAAAACUGAAGACUACUUUUGUUAACGUUUCUUCUGAAUGCCCAUUGAAUGAUGUUUACAAUUUUAAUUUGAAUGGAGCCGAUGAGCCUAUUAUAAAACUUGGAAUCCAAGAAUUUCAAGCUAGAGAAACAUGUGUGGAUAAUUCAACAAAACUGGUAGGUUUAAGGAAUGAUGAUGAACUUGAACCUUCUCUCAAAACAAGAGAUAAAAGAGUUAUAAUAAAUCAAGAAAAGAAAAAUCUCUUCAGUGAUACUGAAACAGAAUGCAGAUGGGAUGACAGCAAGACUGAUAUUAGCUGGCUAAGAGAACCAAAAUCGAAACCACAGCUAAUAGACUAUAGCAGAAAUAAAAAUGUGAAGAAGAGUCAGAAAUCAAGACCAUCCUUGGAUAAGGGACAGUCACGAUCUAAAAUGGAACCCAGUAAAAACAUCACCAAAAAGGUAGAUGUAACAGUUCCAGAUCAGAGAACCAGACUUCCACGAAGAGCAACAAAAACCAAAAAAAAUUAUAAAGACCUCUCAAAUUCAGAAUCAGAGAGUGAACAAGAAUCUUCACAUUCAUGUAAAAAAAAAUUACUAGUAAAGGAGGAGAAUAUCCAUUCCAGAACCAAAACCAGGAAGGUGCCAAAGAAACGACAGAAAGUCUUCUCUGCUGAAACACACAAGGAACUAUCAAAAGGAUGGGAAGACUCGUCUUGGCUUAAACCUCCUAUAGGAGACAAAAACCUUAACUUACCUCCUGUGUCUUUAUCUGGGAGUCCAGCAUCCAUAGAAGUAAUGAGAUGUAUAGAGAAAGGAACAGAAAGGGAUUUUACUCAGGAUUAUGACUAUAUAACAAACUCUGUAUCACCUUAUCCAAAAACUUCAUCUGAAUCCUUAAACAGUACCAGUGGAGUUGGAGGUCCUGUAAACUCAGCUAAAAACAAUGAAAAAAAUUUAUGUGCAAAUCAAAGCUGCUCACCAGUUCCACAACCACUGUUUUUGGCCAGGCAUACUCCAACUAAGAAUACUGUUGUGAAUAGAAAAAAUGUAAAUUCCCUGGUACUUUCACAAGAAACACAAAAUGGUUACAGAUAUUCAGAUAUAUGCAGUUAUAGUUCAGAAAAACAGUUUAUGGAAAUUGAAUCUCCAAAUAUCAGUGAAAAUCAUGUACAAAGCAAGAGAGAGGAAAGCCAUGUAUCAUCUCCAACAUCCAUGUCUAAUGAAGAAAGAGAGAAAACAUUGUUUGACAUGCCCAGUGGCACUACUCAUGUAUCAGGCCCCGUUCAACAUCUUAAUCGCAAACGAAUGUACAUAGGAGAUAAUCUAAGUAACUCCAAUGAAGUAGAAAUGGAAGAAGAAAGAAGAAGAAACUUGCUUCCCAAGAAAAUGUGUAAAACUGAAAGUGCAGAUCGUCGCCCCUACAAAAGGUCUGAAAGUGUCUCUCCAUCAUCAAUAAGUGACUUUUUUAUUCCUGUGGAGAACUGGGAAGGUGAAUUUUCAGGCAUAGGGAAAAUGAAUUCGGAAUCUAAGAAGAUUCAUAAUAUCCGAAAUAGAGCAGUGGAAUUUUUUGCUAAGCAUUCUUGGAAAAUCAUCCAGCAACAUCUGAAAACAAUCAACCAUCAACUUCAGGAACAUAGGCUUAAAAAAAUUGAUAAAUUCCAAUUCAUCAUCACAGAAGAGCUGAAGAAUUUUGAAAAAGAUUCACAGUCUUUAAAAGAUUUCGAGAAGGAAUAUGUGGUCUUUUGGGAAAAGUUAUUUCAGAAGUACAGAACAUAUAAAAAAAGUGAACAGCAGAGAUUUCAUCUUUUGAAAACUUCAUUGGAUAAAAAUGUCUUUCAUCACACUGAUCAUGAAGAAACUAUUUUCACAUCAGAGAUGGGUUUGAUGAAAGAAAACAUGAAAGAGGUACAAGGGAGACUUCUCCAGGAAAUGGCAAAAGAGGAGCUUCUUAAUGUACGCAGAGGACUGAUGUCAUUAUUCAUGGCACGUGAAAAAUAUUAAUGUGUGAAAUCUGUUACCAGUGUUUAUCUAAUUUGUAUGUAUAAUUGAGGAAAUGACAGAGCAGUCCUACAAAGAAAACAAUGCACCUCAC